AUACAGAAAAGCGUGAAUGAGAUUAUGAUGGAGUCGAAAGGUGGUAAAAAGAAGUCCAGCAGUAGUAGUUCCUUAUGUUACGAAGCUCCCCUCGGUUACAGCAUUGAAGACGUUCGUCCAAACGGUGGAAUCAAGAAAUUCAAAUCUUCUGUCUACUCUAACUGCUCCAAGAGGCCAUCCUGAGUACCAGCGUGCACCGAUCUUCUUAAUAUAGUUAUAGCUUUCUUUACUUUCCAGUUUAUAAUUUUCUUCUUUCAAAGCUCCCUUUCUGCUGGUUCCCGGAUCCAAUCGUUCUCUCCUCCUACUACAAGUCCUGUCGCUCACACAACAAGGCGAGAUGGCCUUAUCUGCAAUCGGUUUCGAAGGUUACGAGAAACGGCUCGAGGUUACUUUCUUUGAGCCAAGCAUCUUUCAAGACUCCAAGGGACUGGGACUCCGUGCUCUUACCAAGUCUCAGCUUGAUGAAAUUCUUACACCUGCUGCAUGCACGAUCGUUUCUUCUCUCUCCAACGAUAAAUUGGACUCUUACGUACUCUCUGAGUCCAGCUUCUUUGUCUACCCCUACAAAGUCAUCAUCAAGACUUGCGGUACCACAAAGCUCCUCCUCUCUAUCCCACCACUUCUAAAGCUGGCUGGUGAGCUCUCUCUGAGUGUCAAGUCUGUGAAGUACACUCGUGGCUCCUUCCUCUGCCCCGGAGGCCAGCCUUUCCCUCACCGCAGCUUCUCUGAAGAAGUCUCUGUUCUUGAUGGGCACUUUACUCAGCUGGGCUUGAACAGCGUAGCCUACUUGAUGGGCAAUGAUGAUGAGACUAAGAAAUGGCAUGUCUAUGCUGCCUCUGCCCAGGACUCCAGCAACUGCAACAACAAUGUCUACACUCUCGAGAUGUGCAUGACUGGUCUGGACAGAGAGAAAGCUUCUGUCUUCUACAAGAAUGAAGCUGACAAGACUGGGUCAAUGACUGACAACUCUGGAAUCCGAAAGAUCCUUCCCCAGUCCCAGAUCUGCGACUUUGAAUUCGAGCCCUGUGGCUACUCUAUGAACUCAAUUGAAGGGGAUGCAAUCUCCACGAUCCAUGUGACCCCUGAAGAUGGGUUUAGCUACGCUAGCUUUGAAGCUGUGGGUUACGACUUCAACACUAUUGACCUGAGCCAGCUGGUGACAAGGGUACUCUCUUGCUUCGAGCCCAAGCAAUUCUCUGUAGCUGUGCACUCGAGCGUUGGAGUGAACGCAUACAAGCCAGAGAUCAGUGUAGACUUGGAAGACUAUGGGUGCAGAGAGAGGACAUUCGAGUCUCUAGGAGAAGAGAGUGGAACAGUGAUGUAUCAGACGUUUGAGAAGCUUGGUAAGUACUGUGGAUCGCCUAGAUCUACCUUGAAGUGUGAAUGGAGCAGCAACAAUAGCUGCAGCAGCGAGGACGAGAAGGACGAGGGAAUCUAGCAGAAUUUUCUUCCUAAUAACUAUUUUCGAGCUUUCUGUUUUUGCUCUUUCUUUUUAAAAAACUAUGUUCUUAUUAAUAAUGACUUGUGAAGUUUGAGUUCGUCUCCUUCACAAGCAAGUGAAUUGGUGUUUUUCUACUUUAUUAAUAGUGGUUUUAUGAUACCUAAAGACUUUUAUGUUAUUAUUUUGAAA